ACAAAGCGUGGAAUGUUUUUCCGGCCAAGCGGAAAUGGUUAUUGUUGCGGUCUUUACCAACGUUAGUAUGUGGGAAAUGAGGGCUGCUAUAUAUAUAAAAAACAGCUAGCUCUGUUAAAAAUCGUAUUCCAUUUCAUUAGGAAUAUUUGAUGUUUCGUUAUUAUCAUUUUCCCUGAACUAACCGCUAGCUUGUUAGCAUCAGCAGCCAUGCCGUCCUAUUCUGAAUUAAGGAAAACAAACCACUUCUACUACUUCAUCAAAUUCACCUUAAAUAUCUACUCAAUGCUGUUCUCGCUGAUGGGCCUCUGUGUUCUCUGUGUGGGGGUUUACGCUGAAGUGGAGCGGCAGAAGAACCGGACCCUGGAGGGCCUGUUUCUGGCCCCCGCCGUGGUGCUCAUCCUGCUGGGCCUGGUGAUGUUCACUGUGUCCGUGGUGGGCAUGGUGGGCUCCCUGAGGGACAACAAGACCCUGCUGCACAUGUUUCUCUGUGUCCUCUGUGUGUUGCUGCUCCUCCAGGCCAUCGGGCUCACCCUGGCUCUCAUCUUUGAAAACAAGACGUCGGCCCUGUUUCAGAGCAGUAUACGAGAAGGAAUCAAACACUACUACGAUGAUCUGGACUUCAAGAACAUCCUGGACUACAUGCAGGAAAAGGUGGUUUGAUAUUUAAUAUAUAAACACAUAAAGACAGACACUUGAGGACAAUAAUGAUGCUCUUAUUUGAUAAUUUGUUUGCUACGCAGCUGUAGGGUUGUACCAUCUCUUCCUAGAGUGCAACAUACAAUAUAUAGGAGACAUAAAAAGACAUACAAUAGUGCAAGGGACACCACGGUUUG